AUGCAGCCCCAAAUGUGGGGUGCAUGCGCAUCAGCCGUAGAUUCCCCAGAUUGGCAUUGCAACAUGUUCCAAUUGGAGCUCUUUCCGGAGUCGGAGAAGAAUGCAACGCUUGCUGAUAUUGGAGAUCCGGUCUUUCAUUUCCAAUACAGGAAUCUCUCCCUCAAGAGGCUCGCGAUCAUUUCCAGAAUGACACAUUCUGCGGGGUCUCUUUGCUGUCUCGAUUAUUUUUUCCUCUCAGGACUGUUAACGUCCCCCACUACCCGCGUCCAUUUCUGGAAUCCUCGCCUGUUGCUUUCCUAUUGGGUAUUUUGCCAUCGAUUCCGCUUUCCAGAAAGAAUCCCGCGUUCCAUUGGCCAAAACGUGCAUUCUACCCCAUCGGAUGUAUGUACCCCACUGUUGUACCCCAUUGGAUGUUCCCCGUAUCGUUUGAUGUGCCUCUUUGGUCUUGGUAUUCGGACAAGAGGCUGA